GUGUCCCACACCAUAAAAGGAAUCCGCAGAAACACACACGUCUCGACAGACGCGCGGAUGAUUUCAACUUGCCAACAUGGAGCAACGAAAAUAUUCGAAAUAGUCCAACCGCCUGGCCCUCCAGCACAACGGCGGUACCUCCCUCUGAAAAACAUCCCCUCGCCGAGUCUAGACGUUCUCUUAAAAAAGAUAACUAGUACAGCAUAUCAUUAUUACGAAACACCAGAUAUUCCCCCCAACGAUCAAACCUAUCCGACAACAAACAUCUAA